CAAGCACAGCUGCCAACCAACGAACAGUAGACAUCUGAGCGCUGACACAUAUCACGCACCACACAACAUGCAACUUGGUCUCUGGUUUGGGCUUUUUGCCGUCGCCGCCGCACCGCUGGUGAGCGCUAAUUAUGGUUUGUCAGGUCGUGGUGCCGGCGGUCAGAUACAGUAUCUGCCUGGAGGUCCAUCGGCGGGCUUGGAUGAGUAUGUGAAUGCUGCCACCGGCGGCUCGCAGCCGUCGUCGAAUCAGCUGACAGCUCAGGCUGAGAUCCAGCCAUCGCCCGAGGAGGCUCGCCGCUUGGGUCGCGUCCAGGCUCAGCUGCAUGCCCUGAACAACAAUCCCACCUAUCAGAAGCUGAAGAACUCUGAGGAUAUUGCCGAGUCACUGGCCGAGAACAACUUGGCCAGCAACAUUCGCCAGGGCAAGAUCAAUGUGGUCUCACCCCAGUUUGUUGAUCAGCAUCUGUUCCGUUCCCUGUUGGUGCCAUCGGGCCACAACAACCAUCAGGUGAUCGCCACACAGCCCCUGCCACCAAUCAUUGUGCACCAGCCCGGCGCACCACCCGCCCAUGUGAACAGCGGCCCACCGACUGUGGUGCGCGGCAAUCCCGUCAUCUACAAGAUCAAGCCAUCGGUCAUCUACCAGCAGGAGGUGAUCAACAAGGUGCCCACACCACUGAGCCUCAACCCCGUCUACGUCAAGGUCUACAAGCCAGGCAAGAAGAUCGAAGCACCUCUGGCCCCAGUGGUUGCCCCCGUCUACAACCAGCCUCAGUCCUACAGCCAGCCUCAGUCCUACAGCCAGCCUCAGUCCUACAACCAGGGACAGUCGUACGGCAAUCCUGGUGCAUCCGGCCCCAGCAGCUCCGGCUCCAGCUCCGACAGCUAUGCCGCCGGCGCUGAGUCUCCACUCUAUGCCAGCCCCGCUCCCUAUGCUUCAUCCAACUACUAAGCGAGCACCGCUGGCCACUUGCCGCUGCUGUCGCCUGCUGCACAGCGGUCGAGCAGUCCGCUGCCCUGCUGAAGGGUGUUUAAUUUAACAAAUUUGUUUUUUUUUCUAAUGCAAAUAAAAAAAGCCUAAAAUACAAAAAAA